AUGUCUACCCACCGUGAACCAAUCAACGUUAAGGAAUUGCCAACCACCUAUUCCGGAAAAGUGGAGCUCGCCAUCAUUGGCGGUACCGGAUUGUACCGAUUGGACACCUUGACCCCUGUUGCGCGUUUAACCAUUUCCACCCCGUGGGGCUUCCCGUCCGGACCGAUCACCAUUUCCAAGACCGACAAGGGGUUUCCUAUUGCCUUCCUCCCAAGACAUGGGUUGCACCAUGACUUGUUGCCUACCGAUGUCCCGGCGCAGGCCAACAUCGCUGCUCUCAAGUCACUCGGCGUCAAGGUGAUCAUCGCCUUCUCCGCCGUCGGCUCCUUGCAGCAGCACAUCCGUCCACGUGACUUUGUUUUGCCGUCGCAGAUCAUUGACAGAACCAAGGGCAACCGCCCACACACCUUCUUUGAGCGCGGGUUCGUGGCGCACGCCAUGUUUGGCGAGCCAUUCGACCCUAAGUUGAAUCUGAUUUUGGCCAAGUACGAGCAUGUUUUGAACGGCGAGGACGGUAAGAAGGUCAAGUUGCACUCACCGGCAACUGAGGGUAAGGACCUCACAAUGAUCUGUAUGGAGGGCCCACAGUUCUCCACCAGAGCCGAGUCUCAAUUGUACCAAUCUUGGGGUGCUUCGGUCAUCAACAUGUCUGUCAUUCCAGAAAGCAAGUUGGCUAGAGAGGCCGAGAUUUCCUACCAAAUGGUGUGCAUGUCCACUGACUACGAUGCCUGGGAUGUCAGCGGCGAACCGGUCACCGUGGAGAUUGUUGUGGGUAAUUUGACCGCGAACGGCUCUAACGCCCACAGAUUUGCCGAGGCGGUGAUUGACGAGGUGGCUGAGGAGAUCAAGAACGGGAACCUUGGAAACGAUUUAGCAGGGUCUAUGAAGAUGAGUGUGAGCACCAACCCAGUCGGGGUCAAGAAGGAAAUCUUGGAAAAGAUGUCGUUUUUGUUCCCAGGGUACUGGCCAGUCAACUAA